ACUAGCAAUUGGACAGUGAGCGCACAUGACUGGUGCAUCAGCCUCGGCAGAGCAAUUACUGACUGGCACAGCUCUGCUCACUCCAGCCUGGAAGAAAAUUCUCAUCGUUUUUGACCACAGAGCAUUAAGACAGCAACAUGUCCAGCAAAAGAGCAAAGGCAAAGACUGCCAAGAAGCGCCCUCAGCGUGCGACUUCCAAUGUGUUUGCGAUGUUUGAUCAGUCUCAGAUCCAGGAGUUCAAAGAGGCAUUCAACAUGAUAGACCAAAACCGUGAUGGCUUCAUUGACAAAGAAGAUUUGCAUGAUAUGUUGGCUUCUCUUGGAAAGAACCCGUCAGAUGAAUAUCUCGAAGGGAUGAUGAGUGAGGCUCCAGGGCCCAUUAACUUUACCAUGUUCCUGACUAUGUUCGGUGAGAAACUAAAUGGGACAGAUCCAGAGGAUGUCAUUCGAAAUGCUUUUGCUUGUUUUGAUGAAGAAGGAACAGGCUUCAUUCAUGAAGACCACCUGCGGGAUCUUCUGACCACUAUGGGUGACAGGUUCACAGAUGAAGAAGUUGAUGAACUUUUCCGUGAAGCACCUAUUGACAAGAAAAGCAAUUUCAACUAUGUGGAAUUCACUCGUAUUCUUAAACAUGGCGCCAAGGAUAAGGAUGAUUAAAUAUCUAGGGACUCUAGUUAUUGCUUGUUAUCUCACCUUGUUAUUUCUCAGCUUAUUAUUUCAGAAUUAUUUUCUUUCUAAGCACACACUGCUCACCUCAGAUGCAAUCCACUUACUUUAAAGAGCAAAUUUGUUUCCCAGACAUUUGUGCAAAAUAGGCUAUGAAUAUUGGACAAUGUGGCGAUAGAAAUAGGACAAAAAUAGUCAAAAAGGUGUUGUUAUUCUGUUCAUCUUAUCUGUAAAUUGGAUUGGAACUUGGUCAAUUACUCUGUCAUUAAACAUAAUUUUGCCCAGAGUAGGAAAAUCGAGGACCAGAGAACAUGGGUUUAAGGUGAAGAGGGAAAGAUUUAAUAGGAACCUGUGGGCCAAUUUUAUUACACAAAGGGUAGUGGGUGUAUGAAACAAGCUGCAAGAGAUGUUAGUUGCUGCAGGUACUAUCACGUUUAACAUUUAGACAGGUUUAGAGGGAUAUGGGCCAAACGCAGGCAGGUGGGACUAGUGUAGAUGUGGUAUGUUGGUCAGCAUGGGCAAGUUUCCAAGCUAUAUGACUAUGACUAUAAUAAUGGAAGCUUCUGAAAAUCAAUGAAAUAACAAAGGGCAAAAAUAAACCUUAACAAUGAAAGCAGGAAUAUGAAUAACAGUAUCUAUAAUUAUGAUUUGGUACCUAGGUUUUACAUGGAACUUUGUACUUUUUCUUUAAUAUUUUGUCUAAAUAAAGCCUCAUUAAACAUAAGAUGGCUACCUAUUUUCAAAUGAUAAAUUUCACCAUGGUUGAUCAUGAAUGAACCCAAUAAAAUGUUUGAAUCUAUUUGA